CUUCACCGUUACAAGCUGAGGUUGAGGAUAUGGGAGGUAUGCCUAGAAGUUAAGUCACAAGCCUUGAUCACCUGACGGUAUGUCGACUGUCUUUUCCAGCGUUUCACUCUUGUCACUAACCCAUAAAUAUUCGUACACACCACAUAUAUUUUGUUGACUUUACAAGAGUGGCACAUAAUUACCUCGCAUCGCCUGAGGCCAUGUUUCCAAACUGCUACAACGUAGCUUUGUAACUUUUCAACACCAAUUUAUACAACAAUUACGACAUUCAUUUUGGCAGCUUAACUUUAUAGUGAAUAGUCUUCUGGCGGAUAACUGAAUCUGGCGGAGGGUAAAGCACGGACAUCUUUUUCUCUGUGACGACAGUGUAAACGUUUAAUUAGAAAUAGAUACAGACACCUAACUUCGCUCCAGUGAAGACAAGUUUUGGGGGUGCACAUUACUUAAGUGAUUUUUUUUUUCACUUAUGGUCGGCCGCAGCUAGAAGAACUUUAUGUUGUAGAUUCUAUUUUAUUGGAUCAUGUCUGCUAACGAGGCGAACAUUUUUAUUAGGAAAUUAUGGAUAAUUUUCAUACAGUGUUAUUUCAUUCAGCAAAUAUCUACACAGGCUUGUUUACCGUGCAGUGAAGAUUUAUUUCAAUGUAAGAACUGUCGCUGUAUAUCAAAUCAGUGGUUAUGUGAUCAUAAUAACGACUGUGGUGAUAACUCAGAUGAAUCUACAAACUGCACAUACCCAGUGUGUUCUGGAUCAGAAUAUAGAUGUAAAAAUGAAAGAUGUAUUUCACAAGAUUGGAUCUGUGAUGGAUCGGAUGAAUGUGGUGAUAAUUCAGAAGAAGAAAAUUGUGGUACCUACCACUGUCGACCAGGUGAAUGGGCGUGUCCAUCAAAUGGACAUUGUAUCCCUAUAAGAAAUAUAUGUGAUAGUAAUAGAGACUGUGAUAAAGGUGAAGAUGAAGGUGUUACAUGUAGUACAACUGGUUGUAGUAAGUUAUCGUGUGAUCAUGGCUGUAGACAAACACCUACUGGUGGUAUAUGCUAUUGUUCAACUGGUUUUAAAAUUAGUCCAGAAGACAACAGAACAUGCGUUGAUUUUAAUGAAUGUAAAAGUUGGGGAUUUUGUGAUCAGACAUGUGAGAACACAGAAGGAUCGUACAAAUGUAGCUGUGCUCAAGGUUAUACCCUUUCCGGUAACAGAACGUGUAAGGCUGCUAAAAGUGCUGAGAUGAAAUUAUAUAUUACAAAUGAUGAUAAUAUUGUUACCAUGGAUACAAAUGGUGGUGAUACUCAGGAAACACUUCUAACAUCAGUAGAAGAUAUAGAACUGGAUGUUAAAAAUAACAGAAUGUUCUGGAUUGAUCAAACUAAGAUCUAUACAGCGUCAAUAAACGAUUGGUCGGCAAAACAAGAGUUACCUAUAAAAGGUCUAGCACGACCUUCAGCACUCGCUUACGACUGGAUUGGUAACAAUCUGUAUUAUCUAGAUAAAGACGCCAUCAGAAUCGAUAUUUUCGCCUUCAAAAACAACUUACAAAGAAAUAUUAUAUCAGAUAAUAUACGAGCACCACACUGUAUGGCUGUGGAUCCCAUACACGGUUACUUAUUUUUUGUGGAUGCUGGGAGAAAAUCCACGGCCAAUUCAGUGAAGAUUGAGAGAGCUUUCAUGGAUGGUAGCCACAGACUUGAUUUAAAAUUAACCAAACUAUUGAUGCCACAAAGUAUAACUUUAGAUAUAACAACACAGAGAUUGUUCUGGAUAGAUUCCCACCUGGAUCAAAUAGACACUGUGGAUUAUAAUGGUUUGGACAGGCGUACAAUCAUCUCUGGUGGUAUUCAGGUGCCGAGUGGAUUGGCACUAAAUAUGUUUGAAGAUCAACUAUACUGGACAGAUGCAACCAAAAUGGGCGCACUACGUGUCAGUGUAUAUGGUGGCGAGGCGAAACAAAUUUAUCAGUCAUCAGGAAAUAUACUCAAAAGUAUUAAAGUAUUCCAUCCAUCAAAACAACCAGUACCAGAACGGUAUCCAUGUGAUAAUAACCCGUGUCAGCACAUGUGUGUUAUAUCACAUACUACAGAUAAUUCAGGAUUAGGUUAUAGAUGUAUGUGUAGUGCUGGCUAUCAACUACUACCUGAUCAAAAAAACUGUACAAAAAUAGACAAAUUUAUCCUCUUUGCCUCAAUGCAUGCAGUACGGGGUAUUCCACUGGAACAAUCCAUGACUUACUCCGUGGAUGCCAUUCAGCCUAUAAUCGGACCAAGUAGAGGCAGAAAUGGAAGAAACUAUGUAGCGGUGGAUUAUAUUGCUGAAAAUGAAACCAUAUAUUUCUCUGAUGUGAGAAACUUGGUUAUUUAUCAAGGAACACUUGGUGAUUCAGAACCUAAGCCUCUUGUUGUUAACAGUAUACGAACAGUAGAAGGACUGUCUGUUGACUGGAUAUCAAAGAAUCUCUAUUUUACUGACUAUGCUCGUGGUACUGUAUCUGUAGUCCGGAUUGAACAGCCUGGUGAUAGGAGGGAUAUUGUAACUGAUUUAGGCAAUCCUAGAUCUAUCUUAGUCAAUCCUAUCAAGGGAAUUAUUUUCUUUUCGGAUUGGUUGAGAAAUUCAAUGCAGAAUGCAUACAUUGCCCGAGCUUAUGGUGACGGUAGUAAUGUUACCAAGAUUCGUGAACAUCAACUAGGCUGGCCAAAUGGAUUGUGUAUUGAUUUUGAAGCAGAUCGGCUGUACUGGGUUGAUGCAUAUUUUGAUAGAAUACAGAGCACUGAUUUUGAUGGAGAAAAUUUAAAAACUUUGGGUAAUCAUGCUAUAACCCAUCCCUUUGGUAUAGCUCUUUAUAAAGACGACAUAUAUUUUACGGACUGGAGAAUGGAAGCCAUCUUGAAAAUCAAUAAAAAUGGGGGCAAGCAAACAAAACUUCGAUCAGGAGUUGGAAAAAUGAUGGGAAUAAAAAUAUUUGAUAAAGAUUUACAACCAAUGUCUUCUCAAAAUCCUUGUACCAGGCGUAAUGGGGACUGCUCCCAUUUCUGCUUCCCAGUUCCGGUUGCUGGUAGCUUACUGAGGAUAGGACGCCAUUGUGGGUGUCCGUAUGGUAUGAAGCUGAAGGAAGAUCAGAGGUCAUGUGAACCAAAUCCAGAUGAACCUAAUCCUAAUUCUUGUAAAGCUGGAUUAUUUAGAUGUGAUAAUGGACGAUGUAUACCCCAGUCCUACCAGUGUGAUAAAGACAAUGAUUGUCUGGACAAUUCAGAUGAGAAGGAUUGUCCCACAGAUCUCACAUGUGCUGCCAACAAGUUCCAAUGUGAUAAUGGACGCUGUGUUAGCAAGGUGUGGCUCUGUGAUGGAGACAAUGAUUGUGGAGACAUGUCUGAUGAGAAAGACUGCCCUGGGAAGACAUGUAGACCAGAUGAGUUCAGAUGUAAUAACUCGCUGUGUAUAAUGCAAACCUUAAAAUGUGAUACUGAUAAUGAUUGCGGUGAUAGUUCAGAUGAAGGCGAUUUCUGUGCUGACCAUUCGUGUCCUCCUGAAUAUUUCCAAUGUGACAAUAAGAGAUGCAUACCGGAACAUCUAGUGUGUAAUGGCGGCAUGGAUUGUUUUGAUCAGAGCGAUGAAUAUAAAUGUCCCCCAUUAAACUGCACCGGAAGAAGAUGGACAUGUAAAGGUGUACGUCAAUGUAUCUCUAAUAAAUAUCAUUGUGAUGGCGUCAAUGAUUGUACGGAUGCCAGUGAUGAAGAGGAUUGUGCAACACGAGCACCAGAUGGUUGUCAUGACAAUGAGUUUAAAUGUGAAGUAGGUGGAUGUAUACCUGAAAAAUGGAAAUGUGAUGGACAAGAAGAUUGCGAGGAUGGAACAGAUGAACCUUCAAGCUGUGCAACACCAACAUGUCAUGCUGGUAGGUUUAGAUGUGAUAAUGGACGAUGUGUAUUUCCUGGUUGGGUUUGUGAUGGUGAUGAUGAUUGUGGAGAUAAUUCAGAUGAAGCACAGAGUUUAACCUGUGCUCCACCACCCUUUAAAUGUCCAGCUGGUCAGUGGGAAUGUCCAGGUAGUAGAAAGUGUAUCAAUAUAACAAUGGUUUGUGAUGGUUCACUAGACUGUCCUGAAGGCCAUGAUGAAAGCCCAGUCUGUAAUUCCGAAAGUUGCCGAUUGGAUAAUGGAGGAUGUAGUCAUAAGUGUGUACAGACUCCAAGAGGUGCUGAAUGUGUUUGUCCUGAAGGUCAAGAACUUAAUGGAACCAAAGUCUGUGAAGAUAAAAAUGAAUGUGAUCCACCAGGUAUAUGUAGUCAGACAUGUAUUAAUACAAAAGGUUCGUUUAAAUGUCAGUGUGAUGAUGGCUAUACUUUAUUACCCGAUAAAAGAACUUGUCAAGCCAGUAGAAAUACUUCCCAGAUAUUUUUGUUGGUUGCUGCCAGAACGACUGUAAUAAGAUCUAGUAUAGAAGCUUGGAUCUAUCGUCAGCUACCACUGGUCAAUCAGAAAUCACUCUCAGCUAUAGAUAUAGAGGUCUCAUCUGGUAGCAUCUUCUACUCAGAUACUGGAUUAAAGAAAAUAUUUAGAGCUACAUACAAUGGUACUAAUGUUACUGAGGUAAUAUCAACCGGAGUAGAUGUUAUAGAGGAUAUAGCUGUAGAUUGGAUUGCUGGUAAUAUAUAUUGGACUGAUUAUCGUAUGGAAACUGUAGAAGUAGCUAAUCUUAAUGGUGAUAAUAGAGUGGUGUUGAUCAGUACCAAUAUUACUAACCCACGUGGUGUUGAAGUAGAUCCUAGAGAUGGGUCACGCUUCUUAUUUUGGUCGGAUUGGGGACAGAAUCCUAAGAUUGAAAGAGUUGGUUUAGAUGGAUCAGAUAGAACACCCAUUAUAACUGAGAAGAUUUACUGGCCUAAUGCCUUGACCUUAGAUUAUCCAAACAAGAGGAUUUAUUUUGCUGAUGCCCGUCUUGAUUUCAUAGAUUAUUGUAACUAUGAUGGCAGUGGUAGACAGAGAAUGUUUUCAAAUGAUCAUUUUUUGAGACAUCCCCAUGCAUUGACUAUAUUUGAAGAUAGAAUAUAUUGGACAGACAGAGCAGCUAAUCGUAUAUCAAGAUGUAAUAAAUUUAACUGUACAGAGAGAACUGUAAUGGCGUCUAGUAUAGCUCGCCCACUUGGUAUUGUAGCUUAUCAUACUGUUCGCCAGCCAAAAGCUAGUAAUCCAUGUGUUUUUGUUUUUAUUUAUAGCUAG